AUGACACGACCUACUUCCCAUGUCGACGUCCUCAUCGUCGGUGCUGGCCCGGCUGGGCUUAUGUUGGCGAAUUGGAUGAGCCGCUGUGGAAUCAAGACACGCGUGGUAGACAAGCGCGGUACCAAGGUCUUCAACGGCCAAGCCGACGGCCUCCAAUGCCGGACACUGGAAAUUUUCGACUCAUUCGACUUCGCCCAACGCGUCUGGCAAGAAUCAAACCAUAUGCUAGAGAUCUGUCUCUGGAACCCGGACAAGAAUGGUAUCCUCCGUCGCUCAGACCGUAUCGCAGAUACAAUCCCGGGAAUCAGUCGAUUCCAGCAAGUCGUCCUUCACCAGGGCCGCAUAGAGCGGUUCUUCCUGGACUCGAUCAAGGCAAACAGCGAUAUUACGGUCGAGCGGGGGGUACUGCCUACCUCGUUCAACUUUAACGAGUCCAAAGCCCGCGAUCCCACCGACUAUCCGAUUACUGUCACUCUCAAGACACUCUCGGACGAAGAAGCCACACCCCAACAACAGCGGAAGUCUGCCAAUGGCGCCGUGGUGGAGGAUGGGCUUUUCCGCAGCAACCUCACCCCAGACGACACGGAAGACAUGAUUCGCUCAGCGGAGCAAAGUGCUCGCGCCAACCAAACAGAAGAAGUGAAAGCCAAGUUCAUGGUUGGCUGUGACGGAGCUCACUCCUGGGUCCGGAAGCAGCUCGGGUUCAGUCUGGAGGGCGACUCGACGGACUAUAUCUGGGGUGUCCUUGAUAUCGUUCCAAUCACUGACUUCCCUGAUAUCCGGAUGCGCUGCGCUAUUCACUCUGCCAAUGCUGGGUCCGUCAUGGUGAUUCCGCGGGAGAAUAAGCUGGUUCGACUGUAUAUCCAGCUGCAGUCGACGGAAGUGGGAGGAGGGAAGGCAGACCGGUCGAAGAUCACGCCUGAUAUGAUUCUCAAGUCUGCGCAGCAGAUCUUGCAUCCGUAUACGCUUACUUAUGAUUAUUGUGACUGGUGGACGGCGUACCAGAUUGGACAACGCGUUGGAAAUAAUUUCUCAUUGCAGGAACGGGUAUUUCUGGCUGGUGAUGCGGUCCAUACACACUCUCCUAAGGCUGGUCAGGGAAUGAACGUUAGCAUGCAAGAUACAUACAACUUGGGCUGGAAGCUGGCCCACGUCGUCAAGGGAUACAGUGACCUUUCGAUCCUAAAGACAUACCAAUCCGAGAGACGGCGAAUCGCGCAGGAUCUAAUCGCGUUCGAUUACCGCUUCUCACGUCUCUUUUCCGGUCGCCCUGCCAUGGAUGUCAUGGACGAAGAAGGCAUCAGCAUGGAAGAAUUCAAAAACGCCUUCCAAAAGGGCAACAUGUUUGCCAGUGGGAUCGCCGUCGACUACGGCGCCAGCCUCAUCGUUGCCAAACCCGGCUCCUCGGCCGAACAAGGCGACGGAACCGACGUCUCCAGCCAGAGCAAACACCGCGUCCUAAGCAAACAACACCUCGCAAGGGGCAUCCCUGUCGGACAACGUAUCCCCAGCUACAAAGUCCUCAACCAAGCCGACGCGCGGCCAUGGCACCUCCAAGAGCUGCUCAAGAGCAAUGGCCGCUGGCGCGUGAUUGUGUUCCCGGGAUCCCUAACCGAUCAGACUAACAUGACUCGCUAUCAACAAUUUGGCGAGAAGUUGAAUAACGUAAAUUCUUUCCUCCGGAAAUACACGCCAUCAAACUUGCCUAUCGAUGGUGUUAUCGAGAUGCUUACCGUCCAUGCUGGACCGCGGUGGGAUGUCGAGUUGUUGGAUUUGCCGGAUAUUUUCCACCCGUAUCAUGAGAAGAUGGGCUGGGAUUACUGGAAGGUUUUUGUGGAUGACCAGUCGUAUCACGAGGGCCAUGGAAGGGUGUAUGAGAAUUAUGGUAUUGAUCCCGGGCAAGGGGCUAGUGUGAUUGUGCGGCCGGAUCAGUAUGUUAGUUGGGUUGGGGAGAUGGAUGAUUAUGAGGAGAUGGAGGAGUUCUUUUCUUCGUUUAUGAAGGUGCAGCCCGGUGUGUCUCAGCAGCAGCAGACUGAUGGACCUGUUGCUUCUGUUUUGUAG